AUGGGCGCGGUGCUGUCGCUGUCGCCGGGCUCCCGGCGGGCCAGCCUGCUCGACGAGGGCGCCUGCGGCUCACUGGCCCGCCGCGCGGGGCCCAAGGCGGCGGCGGCGGCGGCGGCGGCGGAGAAGGGCCUGCGGCGGCCCUCGGUGCUGCUGCCGGCGCUGACCUGGAAGCGGCUGGUGGCCUCCACCAAGAAGCGGGGCCGCGCCGGCGCCAAGGGGGCCCCGCGCGCGCCGGCGGUGGCCCUGCUCAACCGCGAGAACGCGCAGCGCUCGCUCUCGUGCGCCCACCUCGCCGCCGGCCCCGAGCGCGCCGCUCUGCAGCCGGCCGGCCCCGGGCUGGGCCUGGGCCCGUCGCCGCGGCGGGUGGUGGUGCAGGCGUCGACGGGCGAGCUGCUGCAGUGCCUGGGCGCCUUCCUGUGCCGCCGCUGCUACCGCCUGAAGCGCCUGGCGCCCGGCGAGCCCAUCGGCUGGCUGCGCGGCGUGGACCGGGCGCUGCUGCUGCAGGGCUGGCAGGAGCAGGCCUUCGUCACGCCGGCCAACGUGGUCUUCGUGUACCUGCUGUGCCGCGAGAGCAUCGACGGCGACGCCGUGGCCUCGGCGCCCGAGCUGCAGGCCGCGCUGCUCACCUGCCUCUACCUGGCCUACUCCUACAUGGGCAACGAGAUCUCCUACCCGCUCAAGCCCUUCCUGGUGGAGGCCGACAAGGACGCCUUCUGGACGCGCUGCCUGCGCAUCAUCGCCGCCCUCAGCGCCCAGAUGCUGCGCAUCAACGCCGACCCGCACUUCUUCACGCAGGUCUUCGCCGAGCUCAAGGGCGAGGGCCCCGCCGCCCGCCGCGACUUCCCCCGCGCCCUCGACCGGUGA